AUGUCUUCAUAUAAGAAGAAACGAAAACUUGGCAAUGAAACUCCGCGACAAACUCCACAACUGAGUGCUGUUGCUGCGAGACGAGCUCUGCAAUCCAAAGCCUCAGCUCCUCCGACUCAGAAUAACGACUUCGAGUCAAACGUCUAUGAUGAUACUGACAGUUCAGCCUUUUCCGUCUUGAAAAAAACCGCUCCUGUCCCUCAAGAGGUGUCGGUACACGAGACGACCCAGAAAGACAGGAACGAUGAGACUGGGAGCAGUACACCAAUCAUUGAUGUUGAAGAAGAGGAUGGGCAGAAUGCAUUAUCUUCCACUGGGUCACGUGUCGGAUCCCCUGAAGUUGUUCUCGAGAGGCCUUUAAUACCCUUGUCUUCGUUCAAGCCGAAUAAGAACAACGUGAAGGAAUCAAAAGACUUUUGUUUGCGAUUUACUGACACGUCGAAGCGUUUGGUCUUUGUUGGUCAAUGUGCUAUCACCGUCCGAAAAGGGCAAAUCACUCUCCUGGGUGCCACUCUGCAAGCCUCAAAAGCACUACACAGGGUCUACGCUCCAUCUUCACAUGCUUUGCCAGUCAUUCGGUGUAUGGCCACUGAACUUGAUGCUGCAGAAGUUUGCCUUCAUCAGUGUGAAAGUGGUCUGGGGCAUUUGAAAUCUCUAUCACCGUUAUUUGGCAAGCUUUGGAAUGAUGACUCAGAGCCUUUAGGCCCAGAGUUUGAGUCGAUACUAGGAAAUAAAUAUGCUAGUACAUAUCAAAUAGUACGAUCCACUCCCAGCCUAAAUGAACAUAUGCUCAACUUCGACCAGUUAUUCUCCUCGCAGGACGGGCCUCCGAAGGCAUACUUAUAUCCCCUAAUUUCUCCCCCAGAAUGGAAUGCCGCUCUGUCAAAAUUGACGGAACCAGGUACUCAGGUCUCUGCUAUCUUCGUUUGUGGACCUAAGUCGUCUGGCAAGUCCACAUUUGGAAGACUAUUAACAAAUAGACUUCUGUCCAACCCGAACGGCAUAGCUUUGCUAGAUCUGGAUCCCGGACAACCUGAAUACUCAACACCUGGACAUCUAUCACUAGUCCACCUCCGGGAACCGAAUUUCGGUCCACCAUACACACACCCAAUACCACAUGGCAAAAGUCGAACAAUUCGUUCUCAUGCAAUUGGCGCCGUAACGCCUUCAAUGGAUCCAGCUUUCUACAUAGCAUGUGCCUCUGACCUCCUCGCCCACUACCGCAAUCUACUAUCAAACUUUCCCAAUUGUCCCCUCGUCAUUAAUACACCCGGUUGGGUCUUGGGAACAGGACUAGAAAUCCUAGUUGGCCUAAUCACUAAAAUCCGCCCAACAGACAUCAUAUACAUGUCUCAAGCCGGACCUCCAGAAGUCAUUGCAAAUCUCAAAGAAGCAGCCAAAGAAAAACCGCUCUUCACAUUACCAUCACAAGCCAGCGAGUAUACUACCAGAACAGCAGCACAUCUAAGGACCAUGCAAUCAAUGUCCUACUUCCACCUAGACCCAUUAUCAAACGGCGAAAAGUUUGAUACUAAACCACUAACCUCAAUCCCGCCCUGGGAAAUACGUUACUCGGGGGAAAAUCCCGGGAUUCUCGGUAUAAUAUGCUACGGCGAACAGCCACCAGCUGAGUUUCUCGCGGACACUAUAAACGGCUCCCUAGUCUCAAUCAUAGCCAUCGACCACGACGCUGCGAUCCCCGGCUGGCACAGCCAGGACGAAAACAAACUCCGGGCAAUAGACCAAGAGUUCAUCUCCCUCACUACAGACCCAAAUCUCGACCCCUUCGACACCACUGCCCAGCCGCUUCAAACACCCCUUCUAAUCCGCACCCCAACCGAAGACCUACCUUACUUCAACCCUCUAAACAACAUUACGCUCGACCCGACACACUCCCACACAAUCGGCCUCGCGCUCGUACGCGGUAUCGAUAUCCCUCGUCGUCGACUGCAAAUCCUCACGCCGAUUCCUGCAGCUCUGAUUGAGGAGCUUAAUGAGAGCGGCAAGAAGAUAGUGCUGGUGAGUGGGAAGCUUGAUACGCCUGGAUGGGCGUAUACCGAGUCUUUGGUGCUGGGGAAGGAGAUGCGGAAACGGGGGGAGGAUGUGCCGAUGGGUGGGGGGAUGGGCGAGGCGCCUUGGGUUGAGAGGUUGGAGGGGAGUCAGGGGCGGGGUGUUGGGGCAAGGGUUUGGAGGGUUAGGAGGGAUUUGGGGAAGAUGGGCGAUGGCGAUUGA